CCCUAGGGUUUACAGAGGGAGAUCAUCAUCACCGACAUCUUCACACCUUCUUCUUUAGGGUUUUUACUAUCUACAGAUUUCAUGUCUUUUCAUAAUCAAUGGAGAUUUUCUCUACUUUUUCCAGCAACAGCGAUUUCCCCUUUCUUUCUUUCUUACUAGCCCUAACCAUCACUCUCUUCUGUUGUUUCAUUUCUCUUUUCCCCUUCAGAUUGCUGAAAUCCUCACAAUCCGAUAAACCCAAGGCUUGUGAUUGUGAUAGUACGUGUUCUAAUUUCGAUGGAGAUGCUCAAUCGAUGGCUGUUACGGCGAGUGUGAUGAACGGUGGUGAGGUGUUUCUGGUAGAGAGGGAACGGCGGCAGAUGAUAGGUGCGUCUAUGAUGGAACAAUUGGUUCCGGAGAUCACGACGCAUGCAUUAAGUUACUUGGAUUAUCCGAGUCUUUGUAGGUUGUCGAUGACCAAUUCUUCAAUGCGGAGGGCUGCUAAUGAUGAUAAUGCUUGGAAAGCACUUUAUCAUAAGGAUUUUACGAUGGAACAAGAUAGCAUAACACCUUCUAAUGGAUGGAAGGCCUACUAUGCAUCUACUAGAGCAAUUAUCAAUUCCAAUCAACAGUUUUUCAACAUCAUUAGAGAAAGAUCUCUUCUAGAAAUGGGCCGGCUUUGGCUUAAUGCAGAUUACGUGAAAUGUGUUCAUCUCUCGGGAGAGCUCUUUACUGGUUACAACGGGGUUAUAGGGAGUUGGCAACUCGCAUUUAACUGGGAGCCCGGGUUUGACUUCCAGGUUCGAGAUGUAAGGGCACGGGUGCUGACUGACAUGGCUUGGGUAACCAUGAGAGCCGCUGUCGGCAUGGAUGACAACCCUUUGAAUGUGAGUAACGUAUUUGAGUUUCACAAUGGUCGCUGGUACAUGGUUCAUCAUCAUAGCUCGGUAAUGCUCACCAUAGGCCAUGCCGCUGAUCAACCACUUAUUCUCGGGUAAGAUUUGUGUUUGUUGUGAUGUGACAUUUGGCCUUUGUAACACAAAAUUGGCUUCUUGUUCCACUUUGUUCCUCUCCGUUUCAUAUAGAAGUCCAGAUAAACGUGGAACAGUGAUCCCCAUUAUGUUCUGUUAUGUUUUGUCCAGUGUACCAAACGCACCUUGACAGAUUCCAUUCCAAUUCCUGCCAACCAAACAUCUGGUCAAACCUGAUUAAAUUCCAUUCCAGUUCUGACAUAAUCCAUUCCAUGAACCAAACCGUACCAAUUUUCUAUGCAUAGCAUUUGUUACAAAACUCAACGUGACUAUCAAUUUUCCGUCAUGGAGUUCUAGAUUUCAUAUUAAUUUGAACUUGAAAAUGAGCCUGUUUGACAUCAAUCUACGGGGAUCACUGUUCCACCAUAGGCCACUCUUUUCUUUUUAACAUAGAUGAUAUCAUACUAGAAAAAUAGUACAUUUUUAUUUUGCCGCUAGGGUUACAACAUAUAGUCAAAGACCUUCCAGCCUAGUGGUAAGG